CAGAAGGCGGAGGCGCGCCCAAGAUGGCGGCCUCCAUGUGCGACGUGUUCUCUUUCUGUGUGGGCGUGGCGGGCCCGGCCCGGGUCUCCGUGGAAGUCCGUUUCGUAAGCAGCGCCAAGGGAAAAGGAUUGUUUGCCACCCAGCUGAUCCGGAAGGGAGAGACUAUCUUCGUAGAAAGGCCUCUGGUGGCUGCGCAGUUUCUCUGGAAUGCACUUUAUCACUACCGAGCCUGUGACCAUUGCCUUCGAGCACUGGAGAAGGCAGAGGAGAAUGCCCAGAGGCUGACCGGAAAGCCAGGCCAGGUUCUGCCUCACCCAGAGCUGUGCACUGUGCGCAAAGACCUCCACCAGAACUGUCCCCACUGCCAGGUGAUGUACUGCAGUGCAGAAUGUCGGCUGGCAGCUGCAGAGCAAUACCACCAGGUCCUGUGCCCAGGCCCCUCUCAGGAUGACCCCUUACAUCCUCUCAAUAAGCUGCAGGAGGCAUGGAGGAGUGUUCACUACCCCCCUGAGACGGCAAGCAUCAUGUUGAUGGCCCGAAUGGUGGCUACAGUGAAGCAGGCUAAGGAUAAGGACCUUUGGAUCGGGCUCUUUUCCCAGUUCUGUAACAAAACAGCCAAUGAGGAAGAGGAAAUUGUUCACAAACUUCUAGGGGACAAAUUCAAGGGCCAACUGGAACUUCUGCGGAGACUCUUCACAGAGGCCCUUUAUGAGGACUCACUCAGUCAGUGGUUCACUCCAGAUGGAUUCCGGUCUCUCUUUGCCCUUGUUGGAACCAAUGGCCAAGGAAUUGGGACCAGCUCCCUGAGCCAGUGGGUCCAUGCCUGUGAUGCUCUGGAGCUGAAGCCUCAGGACCGUGAGCAGCUGGAUGCCUUCAUUGACCAACUGUACAAGGACAUCGAGGCAGCAACCGGCGAGUUUCUUAACUGUGAAGGAUCUGGCCUCUUUGUGCUUCAGAGCUGCUGCAACCACAGCUGUGUCCCCAACGCAGAGACUUCCUUUCCAGAAAACAACUUCCUUUUGCAUGUCACUGCCCUGGAGGAUAUUAAGCCAGGAGAGGAAGUCUGUAUCAGCUACUUAGAUUGCUGUCAGCGGGAGCGCAGCCGCCACAGCCGCCACAAGAUCCUCAGGGAGAACUAUCUGUUUGUCUGUUCCUGCCCCAAAUGCCUGGCAGAGGCUGAUGAACCCAAUGUGACCUCAGAGGAGGAAGACGAAGAAGAAGAGGAAGGAGAGCCAGAAGAUGCAGAGCUAGGCGAUGAGAUGACUGAUGUGUGAUGUUUUCCUGUCCAGAAGGGACCCUGCCCCAGACUCUGCUGGAAAAGGGGACCCUUCCCCUAGAGAAGUGGCUUGGAAGGAACUCCCCACUCCCAUUGCCUGCUUAUCCCCCUUCCAGUGCUCUCUGCCAGAGGGCAGGACAGAGGUUGGACCCUGCAUCCCCCACCAGAACUCAUGCCCUGAACACUGCUGCUGAAUUGCCUCAGGCCCUGUGCUGUCAGUGAGCCUUCCAGAACUGGCCUCCCCCUGAGGUUAUUCCACCGUAGGUGUGAGGGGCUGGAACCAGGCUCAGGGCCUAACUGUUUUUUCCCCUUGGCUCCUAGGCCCACACUUGGCCAUUCACCCUCUCAACUGGCUAUUGGUUUAUUUCAAGGGGGUAACAAAGUGGUAAACCUGAAAACAGACUGGUUUCAUUGAAGCAGAAAGGGGAGGUGGUGAGCACCUCAUCUUCUUUAACCAGCCACCUUGCACAGCUGUGGCUGAUAAGGCAAUAACCUGCCUUCUUGCCCAAGUGGGAAAAGCAGGAAGGAGGGUCUGGGCCUCCAGAGCACCUUCCCUAGACUCUGCCAGGGAAUGCUGGACCAUUCCCACUGUUUUGACAUGGGGAAUGUCCAGAAUCUCCAUACCUUGUGCCUUGCCUCUUGGGCCCUGGCACAAUGGCUGUCCUCAUGAUAUAUGGAAGAGGCCUCUCCCUUCCUCAGGAGGGGUGUUUGGGGGACCAUCUCUCUUUCUCACAUCCUCUUCCCACAGGAUUUCAGCAAUAUGGCUGAGACCUUGGGGGAUGACAGGCCUGUACUCCUUAAUUUAGGAUGCUCUCAUCUUCCCUGGGCCCAGCUUAAAUGGGUCAGGGAGGGGCUCUUCUGGCCUCAAAUGUCCACCUUUAAUAUCUUCACAGAGGAACACUGAAAUCUUCCAGAAACCUAAAGGAGCUCGGCUAGAAAGAUUAGCUAUGUUUUUAUCCCCUCCUUGUCACAAAUGAGCAUCACUCACACUUGGGUUGGGUACAGUGAAAUUUAAACCAUCACUCCCACUUCCUUCCUACCUGCCUUCCUUGAAGGACCUGCCACAUCUCCUUACUGAGGGAUCCCAGGAGGACAAGUGUCCACCCAUCCCUUUCCUGGAUUAUGGAGUCAGGUGGUUCCUGUCUGGCCCCUGACCUAUCAAGUUUUCACUUGCACAACAGCCAGCACCUCUCUCCCACCCCACCUGCUCACUGUUCUCAAUAAAAUGUGAGUGGUGUCAGGCUUUGGUAGCAAUGCUUUGUGGAGAAUGAUGGACAGGGCAUGCAGUAGUCAUGUGGGUGGGUAGGAAAGGACACAGGUUAGACUGUGCAAUGGGAGCAGCAGAUGGGUGCUCCAUUCUUCCCAGCUUGGGUUCAUUCUGUUCUGCAAAGGCUACUAAAACCAGAACAAGAUUCCUCUGAGGUCUGAUUUUAAUCCCCAGCAGUAGGGUACAAGAUGAGUCUUUGAACCAAGGGGCUAAACUACAACUUCCUUCCUUUUGAAUGGGGCUGUAUUGGGAUUCAAGACUAGCAGUCUGAGCACGUUUCCAAAUGAUCUGGGGAAA